AUGAAAGUUAAACUAUCUGCCAUUGAAGAUUACUUUUUUCAUAGAAGUAAACUAAAUUUACAUUCAUGUUUUUAUGUGGGAAUCAAACUCAAUGAAUUGCCCGAUAAACAACACCUGGUAACGGCUCUUAAAUAUACUGUGGCCCAACAUGAACGUUUGGCAUGUAAUGUAUUACAUGAUGAAUUGAAAAAAGAGGGUUUCUUGCAAAGCAUUCUUGAGCCAUUAAAAUUUAGUGAUUUAGUAGAAUACUACCAUAAUUGGGACCAGUUAGGAGAAGCUGAAAUCAACCACAUUUUUCAAAUGUAUAACUUUCCCUAUAACGAGAACAAACCUUUAUGGAAGAUUCUGAUCAUCCCUAAUCAAAACCAAAUGCUGUUGCUGACAGAUCAUGUUCUCAUGGAUGGGAUGUCCGCCGUUCAUGUGUGGGAAACGUUUAUGGAAGGUUUACAAAAGCAACAGCCGGUUGAAGUUGACGAAACAAUUUAUUCACCAUUAUUAAGUUCAUCAUCUGAAGAAAUAAUGUCGGCUCCUCUAUACGGAAACUGGCCCAUACCUUGGAAUUGGCAUAUAGUGCGGCAAUUGGCCAGCAGACUAUAUUGUUGGUUUCCUCAAACAGUCGUAAGCAACAAUAAAAACUUAAUCCAGUUUGCCAACUACUCAUUUCCAAAAGACCUGCUGGAUAACGAGCCGACUAAUGAAAGCCAUGUAUACAAAAUAAAAAAUACUAAUCAUCAACGGGAAUUCCAAUUAUCACCGACACAUCUCAAAAACGUCUUGCAAGAAUGCAAAGCGAAUAAUACUUCUUUAACUUCCUUUUUAAGUGCCCUGGUGUGUAUAGCUUUUGAAAAAAUAGCUGCACACGACUAUACCGGAUCAUUUUUAAAAAUUGAAUUACCAAUGAAUAUUAGAAAUUCUUCUGAACAGGUUUUAAAUUUACCUUCAAAUGAUAAACUCGCAGUGGGAAAUUAUAUUGCGGCCAUAGAAUUUAACCAUAAACUGCACCAAAAUCGUGAGAUAUGGGAUAUUGCUUCACAAAUUCAAAGAACUAUAAGAAGCAGUUCCAAGGAUAAAAUAAUAGAUAAAGUUAACGAAGUUAAAUUGUUAGAGGUUGUUUCUUCCCAACAGUACUUAAAAGAUAAAAUUGGUUUGAACAAUGGACCUUCUUCUACAUUUGAAGUAACAAACUUGGGAUUUCAAACCUUUAGGGCUGCAUGCAAUGCCAGUUUACCGUUCCAUAUAACGGAUGCUGCAUUCAACGAACCGCAAGGUAUAUCUUCAAUAUUCACAUUAAGUGUGAUUUCUACUCCUGCUAGCGGACUGCACUGUUGUAUCAGUUAUCCAAAUACUCUCGCUAAAGAGUUGGAACCUCACUGGCAAUAUAUGAAAGAAUACUUGAAUUUAUAA